GGAGGGGCUAGGUAGGUACCUAAGGCGGGUACCCAAGGUAGUAGAGGGGAUGAGGGGAAUUUAAGCUGCUAUCCGUUAUCGCAUGUGGUGCCGCACAUGGUGCCGACAAAGUACGUAGGUAUAGCCAGACCAACAAAAGCAGGCUCGCCUAGUUUUUUCCUCAGCUUGAAAUUUAUUUCCCUUCGCGUCCUUGCUUGCGCCCGGUUCGUCCGUUCCUAUCGAUUUCGACCGGCACUUCCUACCUAGACCCGGAUGUGGAUGAGAAGCCGGCGGUACAUUUCGGUGUCUUUCUCUCAUUCCUGCCCGCCGACAUGGCCUCCACCGACAGUUUGGCGACUAUUGCGACCCUUCGCGAGUCUCUGUGCUCCGAGAGUACCCCACUACCCGUCCGAUUUCGCGCCCUCUUCUCUCUCAAACACCUCUCGCGACACGAGACCGGCGACCAAGCUCUCGCAGCCAUCGAUGCCAUCGCUGCCGCCUUCUCGUCGCCGUCUGCGCUGCUCAAGCAUGAGCUGGCCUACUGCCUCGGCCAGUCUGCCAACCUAGCGGCUGUCCCUUAUCUUCGGAAAGUCCUUGCUGAUUUGCAAGAAGAUCCCAUGUGCCGCCACGAGGCGGCCGAGGCUUUGGGGGCUCUGGGUGACGCCGGGAACCUCGACAUUUUACGCAAGUUCCGGGACCGCGAGGGCGAAGACAUCGUCAUCAAGGAGACCUGCGAGAUUGCGAUUGACCGAAUUGAAUGGGAAAACUCGGAACAACGCAAGGCUGAGAAGCUACGCCAGAGCGAUUUCGCCUCGGUAGAUCCGGCUCCUCCGAUGCCUAACUCCGAGCAAACAGUCCCAGACCUAGAGGAGACCCUCAUGGACGCAAACCUGCCUCUCUUCCUCAGGUACCGCGCCAUGUUCGCGCUCCGCGACCUCGCAUCACCGCCGGACCUGCCGACUGCUGUUCCCGCCGUACAUGCCUUAGCAAAGGGUUUUGCUGACUCUUCGGCCCUUUUCCGUCACGAGAUCGCUUUCGUCUUCGGUCAGCUCUCUCACCCCGCCUCGAUCCCAGCUCUCGCUGCUGCACUGAGCAACGUCGAGGAGGCUAGCAUGGUUCGACACGAAGCGGCGGAGGCGCUCGGAAGUCUCGGCGAGGAGGAAGGCGUCGAAGAAAUCUUGAAGCGAUUCCUCCACGACGAGGAGAAGGUCGUGCGCGAGAGCGUCAUUGUCGCCUUGGAUAUGGCCGAUUACGAGCAAUCGGACCAGGCGGAGUAUGCGCUGAUACCCAACGUGCCGAAAGUAGUGGCGUAGGAAGGCGGAGCAGGAGAGGUAUAGGUUGCUGAUAAACUGGCGUUUCAUCCGGAUUGAUGGGCGGGAGGAUACUUUUUAAAAAAAGUUGGCACGAUUUUAUUUCACAUCGUUCGUAACCGACGGCAUAAUCGCUAUCUGGGAAAAUCUACGGGGAAUUCCACUCUGGAGAACACAUAUCAAUUGUUGGUAUUCCACCUAUUCGUAAAAUUUCACAAUUAGCCCCGGCCCGCUGCCGACAACGAAGGGAGACAGGGACAUACUUG